AUGAUACUUGUGUCAGACAUUGCCUUUGCACGAACUAUGGCACCACACAAACCUUUUUCCUGUCUGCUUUGCAAUAAUUCGUAUUCCUUUAAAUCAUCAUUAAGUAGUCAAGAAACUGUUAAACAUAAAAUGAAUCGUAUAGUUCAACACCAUCAAUACUUUUCUGUUUUACCUAAAGAAAUUAUUAACCAUUUUCGUGCAGUUUUUCUUCAAGAUAUUAAUAAUAAAUUAGGCUUUCAUCGAUCCAAUGAAGGUGUGAACACUUUCAAUCGGAUUGUCCAGAAAGUCUAUUCUAUUAUUUUUUCAAAUGAAAUUGAAUUUUCUUAUCGACCAUCCAUACGAAGAUACACUUGUAUUUUUAAUGGACAAAAUGGAUAUAACCGAAUAGGAAAUAUGAGUUUUGAGGAGGAAGACAAAUGA